CUGUAAACCGCCUCCCUUUGUGCCAUAGCUAUCUAAUAACUGCGCUACAAAAAAUUAUAAUUUCGUUAUGUGUUAUUGCAGGAUAUCUACCCAUAUUCUACAAUUUUUUAUAACUAUGUCUUUGGCUUUCUGCAAAGGUGAUACAAUAAUAUGCAAUGGUGAUGUCAACAGUAGACUACGACUUUUCCAAAACAUAUCGGAUUAUCACUUUACCACCAUUGGUUUUAAUCCCAUGCGAAAAAAUUUCAGGGGUAAUUAUGUUGGUUUUAAAUCUGGUAACAUGGAAAUAUUAGAAAGAAACUUCUUCGCCACAUUUGAUUCUCAGAAUAUCCUAAAAAUGUACUUACACCAUCAGAAUAUCAAGAAAAUUGAUCCGGGAGCUUUUCUUUUUAUGGAUUGUUUGAAAACUCUGGACUUACACGCUAACGAAAUAGAAUCACUAUCAGAUGAAAUAUUUUUAAAUUUGGAUCGUAUUGAAGAACUGGAUUUAAGUGAUAAUAAACUACAGGAGAUUUUACCCCUUACCUUUAACCACACCAGAACGUUAAAAUCGUUAAACUUGUCUAACAAUAAGUUAGAAAGAUUAUCAAUAAAUUCAUUUUUCCAGUUAAGACAUUUAGAAAAGUUGAACUUAUCUUAUAAUGCUCUUACAAAUAUUAGUGACACAACUUUUGAUCAUUUGAUUUGUCUUAAAAUUCUCUUACUAAAUGGGAAUAAAUUAAUGAAAAUUAAUCCAGAGAAAUGGUACAAUUUGUUUCAUCUGAAAGUCCUAGACUUGUCAAAAAAUUUCCUAUCGAAUUUUGAUACAGGCUACAAAUUUUCGUUUGGCAUGACUCUUAGUUGUCUUAAUCUUACCGAUAAUCGUCUUACACAAUUAAAUAUUUUUGGACUGUUAAAGAACAUUCCCAAUGUGUCUGUUCUGGGAAUACAACAAAACAGGUGGCUGUGCUCAGACCUUGAAUUAAUGCUGAACAUAUUACGGGGCAGUAAUAUUAGUUACGUAGGGACCAGUAAGAAAGGUGCCCAAAUUGAUGGAAUCAGUUGCUACAAUCGAGCAGAGGAAAUUUUUUCUCCCGAUAAACAUGCAAUCAGUGAAAUAAAAAGGAAUGCUGAUUAUCACUUUAAUGGUUUGACUCAUCAGGCACAAAUCAUGAUGAUAGUCAUUAUGUGUCUUUUGGUAAUUGUAGUUGUAAUUCUUCUCUUAGAAGUAUUACUAAGAUUCAAUCUCAGAGAUGUUUUAGGAAUAAGAGGAAAUCGUUCCGGUUUGGACAAUUAUUCUAAUGUCGAACAAAUUGCUUUGAUUACAAGGUGAUUUUUCUUUUUUUUUAAUAUUUAUAUAAUAUUUGUGUAUUGAAUUCUAUUUGUUUGAGUACUUGGAAAUUGAUUAAAUAUUACAUAUUCUUAUGGAUA